CGCUAUAGUAUAGUUAUAGUACCCACUCAGCCCUCCCCACCAAAGGCUAUUAUUAUCGCAUCACAUAGCAACAAAACACUGAAUGCUUAGAGAGAGAGUGAGAGGUGUAGAGAGAGAAAGUGUGGUAAAGUGAUAAGAUCAAUGGCCAUGGAAGUUAUUGGGCUCAAGCAGGAGAAGAUGGGGUUCGAGGAAACAGAGCUGAGGCUUGGACUGCCUGGAAAUGGAGGCUCGGCUUGUGAAGGAGGAGAAGCUGCGAGGAAGAGAGGGUUUUCUGAGACUGAGGAUAAUGCCACUGUGGAUUUGAAGCUGAAUCUCUCCUCUUCCAAAGAGGCUGAUCAUCCCACCGACAAACCCAAGGAGAAGACCCUCCUGCCCUCCGAUCCCACCAAGCCUCCUGCCAAGGCUCAAGUGGUGGGAUGGCCACCGGUGAGAUCGUUCCGGAAGAACAUGUUAGCGCCGAAGAAGAACGGAGAAGAGAGUGAUCAGAAAAGCAGCCCUAACGGAAGCUUCGUGAAAGUGAGCAUGGACGGAGCUCCUUAUCUUCGCAAAGUGGACCUGAAGAUGUACAAGAGUUAUCAAGACCUGUCUGAUGCCUUGGGCAACAUGUUCAGCUCCUUCACCAUUGGGAAUUGUGGAUCCCAAGGACUGAAGGAUUUCAUGAAUGAGAGUAAGCUGAUGGAUCUGUUGAACAGCUCCGACUAUGUCCCGACCUAUGAGGACAAGGAUGGCGACUGGAUGCUUGUCGGUGACGUCCCUUGGGAGAUGUUUGUUGAAUCCUGUAAGCGCUUGCGUAUUAUGAAAGGAAAGGAGGCUAUUGGGCUUGCACCAAGAGCCGUGGAGAAAUGCAAGAACCGAAGCUAGAUUAGGCGUGAUAACUAAGGGUAAAGCUGCAGCAGACAGAUCAUGGUGUUUGGAUUGUACGUAGUUAAUUUCUGUAUAAUUAUGGCUUGUUAUCAUAUGAUAUUUGGAAACAUGUUGAGCAGCGAGAUACCCGUCCACCAAGUAUUAAUUAUGAAACACGAACAGUAAUGGUUCUUAAUUAUGUUGCGUGAGACUUGUCUUUCUUAUA